AUGACAAAGCCGGACGCCAUAGCAGCGCGACUCGCACCGGUUUGGGGCUGGGAGGUGAGCCCGCAGGAAGAUGCGGCCUUUGGCGACGAGUUCGCCGUGUCCAUGAAGAAGGCAGCGCCGAAGCAGAUCACGAUCGGAGCGUCACAAGCUUGGCAUGAACACUCUGCUGCAAGGCCAAGAGCUGAGGGGCCACACGUCGCCUCUCCGUUCUCAGUCAUUCCAUUUUCUUUUCCAUUAUUUCCUUUAUAUAACCCAAAUAUGUACCCUGUAGUCACUUUAGUCCCUAUAUAA